AUGAAGUCCGCCGUCGUCGUUGCCAUCUACGCCGCCGUGGCUGCCGCCAGACCGAGAGCCUCCUAUCCAGACAAGCUUGAAUGGAUGGAGCCCAGCGCAGGCUUGUUCCGGACGCCCCCUGCGCUCCUUUGCACGCUGCCGGAGCGGGACAGUGGCACCGAGCUGUUCUGCCGCUGCUUCGGAAAUGAAGCCGAAAAGGGCGAGAACCAGAUUGACGGCGAGGAAGGGCGCCAAGAGGCACGCCAGCGUCCCCAGGGUCCUUGGACCAGCGAACAAGACUGCCGGGCUGGCCACAAGAACAGGCCCUUUCUUCUUCCGAACCCAAAUGAGGGCCCUUGUGACGAGGAAACCGGUUUCAAAAAGGAGGCUUGCGGGACAGAGGCCUAUUGCCAGCAGUACCGGGAGGAGAAGAAGCCCGUCCCCGCCAUAUUCGACGAUUACCUCGACUGCCGUAGAGGUCACGAGCCGGAGCCCGAGUCUGACGAUAACUAG